AUGGCAAGUAGCACCGGGGCGGCUCUUUAUAGGCGGAGACCCCCUCCACUGCCAUUGCUGUUCAUAGUGUCCGCGUUAUUGAGUUCCUCCUUCAGCGCCGCCCACGCGCGCGCGUUGCAUCGCGACAGCAUCCGCCCGGCAUCAACAGCGGGCGCAGCGGGGCGAUACUCGCUCGACGAAAUCACCAUUCACGCGCGUAUGCGGCGCGAACGGCGCAACCGGAGCGUCCGCCUGUUUUCCGUCGACGAAUCCAAGUCGCUCUCCCCGCCGCCGUCGCUACAACCGGUCAACGAGCUGUUCGACAUCUGUAGCUUCCCCGGGCCAAUCAGCUUGAAUAUCACUCCCUCCUUCAUCGGGACGAGGUGGAAGGGAUGGGGCACGUCUCUGGCUUGGCAAGGCAACUACAUCGGAGGCUUCCCCAAGGAUCGCAUGGAUACGCUGCUGGACCUCAUCUUCCACCCCCGGAAAGGGCUCGGACUGAACAUCGUCCGCUACAACAUAGGCGGAGGGCACAACGAAACACUAAGUCCGCAGUUUUCUAAAGAUGUGACGACUGGCUGGAAGGCCAUACCCGGGUAUUGGCCGGCGGAGGCUGGGCCGUACGAUUGGAGCGCGGAUCAACGGCAAAGGAAUGUUCUGUUUGGCGCCAGGGAGCGCGGCGCGAAUAUUUUCGAGGCAUUUUCAAACAGCCCGCCGUGGUGGAUGACUGUGUCGGGUGACGUGGCAGGCGCGUCGGAGAAGAACCAGCCAAACCUGCAGCCGCGCUACGAAGGGAAGUUUGUGGAUUACCUCACUACAGUGGUGGAGAAGUUCGCAAAAGACCCGGCUUGGAAUUUGACUUUCGAUACGCUGGAGCCGUUUAACGAGCCGCUGGAAAACUUCUGGAACGCGGGGAACGGGCAGGAGGGGUGUAAUUUCGACGUCCCCGCUAUAACCCGUGUGCUGUGGGGUACUCUAGACGCUUUGAAAAAGAAAGGACUCCAGACGAAGGUCGCCGCGUUUGAUAGCUGGACGGAGGACACGGUUUCGGCGAUCAACUCUAUAGCGAGGAUAAAUGAAGUGAAGCGGAUCAACGUCCAUGGGUACAUGGACCCGGCCCCGAGUAACCAGGAUCCGGUCAGCUACACCACCCAGAUGUACAGUAAAAUGCGCGAUAUAGCCAAGGGGAUGGGGAAGGAGGUUUGGAUAAGCGAAUCCGGGCCAAUGGGGCGAUUCGGACAACCAUUCGACCUGUCACUGUACAUGGCGCGAAACGUGAUCGAGACCGUCAACAUCCUGCAAGCAUCUGCGUACAGUGAAAAACCCGAAGCGGUCUAA